CUCUACGUUGUCAACUGUCAAAAAAAUAGGUUAUGUUUAUGUUUGGUUUUCAAAAACUUGCCAGUCACAUAAAACUAUUAAGAUGAGUCAAGAAAUUCGUGAAGAUGUUCUAAAAUUGAUGCAACAAAAAGAUAAAAUCGAAUCGGAAAUACAAGAAUUAACAUCUAUUUUAACGAAGAAUGGUGUUGGAAUGAGUGAUCCUUUGGUUGAUACUGAAGGAUUCCCUUUGAAUAAUAUUGACAUUUACCAAGUAAGACAUGCAAGGCACCAAAUAAUUUGUUUACAAAAUGAUCAUAAAGCCAUUAUGAAACAAAUUGAGCAAGGGUUACACGGUUAUUAUAGUAGUGCUCAAAAUGGUACACCGUCACGUGAAGUAGAACAAGGGCAACAUAAUGUAGCUGCUAUAGAACAACAUAGAACCCCUUUUGCUAAAGUUACUACAGUUUCUGAUGGAUCACCAGCAGAUAUUGCUGGGUUGCAAGUAGAUGAUUUUGUUGUUGAAUUUGGAUCAAUAAAUUCGACGAAUUUCACAAACAUUACGGAUAUUGCAAAUGUUGUACGUCAUUCUGAGGGUCAUCAAUUGAGAAUAAAACUAAAACGUGGAGAUAGAUUCAUUGUGACGCAGUUAUUACCUAAACUUUGGGCUGGACAAGGUUUAUUAGGAUGCACCAUUGUUCGUAUUUAAGGAUAAAAAUAAUUUAAAUGUUAAUCACAGCUUUGUUUUGUUUAUAAACAUGAUUUGCUAUAAAUAAAUACUUAAAA